CCACUGACAAACGGAUGUGUUUAAAAACUUAGUAACCUGUCUAAACAGACAGCAUUUUUUGGGAGAUAGGAUGCCUAAAAAUGCUGACUAGCACAACCCUAGAGGGGUGGGCGUUCACAUCGGGCGCGUUCUCGUCCGUUCUUUUCGGUUUAUGUACGCAUGCGCCGUCAUUCGGACCUUGCGUCGCGUCUCCAGCGUUUCGCGUCAAACUAAAAACUUCUGAAAACGCGCCUCGAGACCCUUGCGUCCAGUUCCCCGGUAUGCACCAGCAGCUGACUGGAUUAUGACUCAGCCCAUGUUCACAGUGACUAUUCGCGUUCAAGAAGGACUUUCCUGAAUUGCAGGUAGCCUAGAGCUAGAUUUUCCUCCAAGGAGGAAAAAUCAUGUGAAGUUUACAGAAGAAUUUGGAUUUUUUGGGGGGAAGCUUUUUGAGGAAAACCUCUUCAACAGAAAGAAGUUGGUUUAAACCCAGUUCGGCUGAGGGAGAAUUAUGGACCGUGUUUCGUAAAGGCAUUACUGUCUCCGUACAGGUGUGUCGACGAAUGCAGGGCUAUUUUGUCCUGUAGCGGAGAUGGGGGGCUGUUGGAGAUGGUGCUACACGACGUGCAUCUGCUGCUUGUCUGAAGAUGAGAAGAACGCCGUCGCCAUACACAAUGAAAUCAAAAGAAUCCUCGCUGACCAGAAGAAACGAGAACGCAGAGAAAUCAAAGUGCUUUUAUUAGGCACCGGAGAAAGCGGGAAGACGACUUUUAUCAAGCAGAUGAGGAUUAUUCAUGGCAAGGGCUUUUCCGAAGAAGACAGGCGUGGCUACACUAAACUGGUUUUCCAGAACAUCUUCACAGCAAUGAAGGCUCUGACAGCGGCCAUGAACACCUUAAAGAUUCCCUAUGGUAACCCACAAAACGAGAUAUAUGGGAAGCAGUUUCAGGAAGUGGAAAUCCGUCAGAUGACACAUUUAGACAGAAUGUAUGUGGACGCGAUCCGCCGACUUUGGGCUGACGAUGGUAUCAAGGGCUGUUACAGUCGUCGUAGAGAGUACCAGCUUCUGGACUCUACAGAAUACUAUAUGACACAUUUGGACCGUAUUGCGGCUCCAGAAUUCAUCCCCACAGCCCAGGAUGUGCUCCGAGUCCGAUUCCCCACCACAGGCAUCAACGAUUACUCCUUCAACUUGGAGAAGAUCACCCUCAGGAUUGUGGAUGUGGGUGGUCAGAAGUCAGAGAGGCGGAAAUGGAUCCAUUGCUUUGAGAACGUGACGUCGCUCAUAUUUUUAGCCUCCCUCAGCGAGUACGACCAGGUGCUGGAGGAGAACAACAGGGAGAACCGCAUGAAAGAGAGCCUGUCACUCUUCUACACCACCAUCCACUCGCCAUGGUUCGCCAGUUCCUCCAUCAUCCUCUUCCUAAACAAGAUGGACAUCCUGGAGGAAAAGAUCAAGACUUCAGACCUAAAAACUUACUUCGCAGGGUUUGACGGCAAAAAGGAAGACAUGAAUGACGCGAUGGACUACAUCAGGGCCAUGUACCUCAAACAAGCUUUCAACCGUGAAAAUCGGAAACAGAAACACAUUUACGAGCACUUCACCUGUGCAACCGACACCAACAACAUCCGCAAGGUCUUCAGUGAUGUCAGGAGAACCCUACUCGUCAAGGAACUGAAGUUAUACGGUAUGCUUUAAGAUGCAGAGCGGCUUCAUCUGAAAUCUCCUGAGCUACAGACAAUCUUAACUGAUUCCUGGAAAGAUGAUAAAGAAUUGCUAAGAUCACUACAUAUGUUAUAACACGGUGGAAUGGAUAUCUCUGUUACUGUAAAUACAUGACUGAUUUGCUGCACUUACAUUUGAAAAUAUUUUGUUACUAUACACUGAAAUUAAUUUCUAUAUUCUACCUAAAUAGAGUAUCAGAAAAUAUGAAUAAUUAAAAAUAAAGAGACACUAUUGGUUAUAAUUAUAGUGUAUGACAACAUGACAUGGAUGUGAUAGAAAUAUUCUAUGAAAAAUUCAUGAGCUCUUUGAUUA